AUGGCGCCAACUUCAUCAACGACUUCGCUUCUGGACUCGCUCAAGGCCAUCGAAAUCCUCAAGGGCCUGAUCCUUGAUCAGGUCCGCGCUGUUCACGGUCGCUCGUAUCCAACUUCCCACUACACCUUUUCAGUGACCACCUCCUUCCACGACGAAAGCACAAGUCUGGCGGCGGACAUGAAAUACUAUGCUCAAGCCAUAAUCUACACUACGCCUGGCUCGUUAGCGGAAUGGAAGAUGGUAGCUGAGAGCGAUGCCUGCGACUCGACGCGACUAGCAAUGGAGAUGUUGUAUCUCGAUAUGCAGAUGCAGGUUGGCAAGAUCACGG